UGCAACGCGUCAGAAUAAAACUUUCUCUAACAUUAACAUUUUAUGACCCAACCGACAACCUAAUCAUUCUCUCUCCUACAUUUCUUCUUCGCGUAGAUCUCGCGGAGAAGCUCGCAAUUAGAUUGAGAUUCUCACAAAUCACAAAUCUUUUGCCCUCAUUUCCUUCUUUUUCUUGAACAUCAAUGGCGAACAAUCUAGAAGAAUCAAACCCUCUCUUAGGGGCAGAAGGGACCCAUAACAACCAAUCAAACCUCAAUGAUGAUGAUGAUAUUGCUGUUGUUGUUUCUAAAAAGAUGGAUGAAAAUGUCGACGCUCUUUCUCCGUCGAAACAACCGCCAGUUCCUACAGUAGCUCAGCCGCAGGUGGCGGAGACUUACGGUUGGGCCGCCCAUGGAUUGCCUUUGGGCCAGCCUGUCAUGGGCCGAGCCCAUUGGAACUCCGGCCUUUGUUCUUGUCUUGGUCGUAGUGAUGACUUCUGUAGCAGCGAUCUUGAAGUUUGUCUUCUCGGAAGCGUGGCUCCGUGCAUUCUCUAUGGAAGCAAUGUUGAAAGACUUGGCUCAAGCACCGGCAGUUUUUACAAUCAUUGCUUGUCCUAUGCUGCACUGUAUCUUAUUGGAAAUUCUUUCUUCGGAUGGAACUGUGUAGCUCCUUGGUUUUCAUAUACAAGCCGUACUGCUGUGCGCCGUAUGUUCAAUCUUGAGGUAAGUUGUGAGGCUCUAACUCGGCAGUGCAGUUGUAGCGGAAGCUUUCUGGAGGAUGAGGUACAAAGGGAGCAGUGUGAGACAGCUUGUGAUUUUGCCACUCAUGUCUUCUGUCAUCCUUGCUCACUCUGCCAGGAAGGUCGGGAGAUUCGUCGUAGGCUGCCACACCCUGGUUUUAAUGCUCAGCCAGUCCUGGUUAUGAUUCCUCCUGGGGAACAGGCUAUGGGUCGUGAAAAGGCAUGAAAGCUUCUGACCAUCUUUACUGGUCUGUCUAUACGGACAAUUGCUAUGUUUAUACUUGAUCCAUAAUGUUUGAUCGAAUGCUGUUAGUAGGCAGCUGUGAAGUAUUACUUUUGUGCAAUGAUGUUAAGAACAUAAAAAUAGUGGAGUGGAAUGUGAGGCCCUGAUAUCUCACUUAAAAUACUAUCAACUCAGCUCUGCAGUAUUACAUAUUGUUCCUAUGUCAAUGAUUUAGUAAUUUGUGACUGUGACAAGGUUGCAUGUUGUGAAUGAGAAUGUUCUUGUUUCGUGUAUUAA